UCCAGACUCGAUUAUUUACAGACCGUCGUCUAUCUGUACUAUUGCUGAGUGCGGCGUUAAACAACAAACAAACAAACAUUGCGGGAAAGGAAAGAAAUGACGUCAUUUACUGGUGAUGUCACAAAGGUUAUGAUUAGUCAGAAUUAGAAAAUGUGACUCCCUUAAAGAUGGGGCGACGUUACAAACACCACAGUCACGUUUCCCCAGCUUAAGAUGAAACGGGAUAACAGAUAUAUUCAACACCUAAUGUUACUGUGAUAAAAACAAUCCAUUAAAUCCAUAUUAAUAAUUGUUGGAAUGACCUGUGGUAUGUUCUGGAAAAUAUGCAAUGUCCUCAUGCGGUACAGGUGUAUUUGAAUUUUCGGUAUUACCGACACAGGGAAAGGCUUCGUUGCUAUGGGGAUAUGCCUCGUCUUUCGCUGAUCUUCCCGGUAAGGAUAUAGGUCCCCAGCAGCCUGUACUGGCCGUGAGAGGUGACUAUAUGGAUCGGGGGUCAGGUGCGGUGACUGGGUUAAUUACAUGUCAUCGUUUACUCAAUAUGCCUGGACUGAUGUUCACGAUAUCAAUCACCGGGUGGUCUCCUCCAGACAUGAUUGUGUACACAUCGCCGUCAUAUAGCUGGAAUUGUGCGGCGUUGGACAACAAACAAACAAUAUGACCCGUAGCGUGCUGGUGAGACGCCAUCUUGGGACGGAUGUGGCACAUGUGCAGGAUUACUAUUCUCUGGGCCCCGCUCCACAAAGCGAUUGUAGCGGUGAGACUGUCCUAAGCCUAUGUAAAAGUAUGGGAGUUACGAUCAUCCUAGCGCUAAGAUCGCUUUGUGGAACGGUAGCCUGGACGCAGUCGUCGGUUUAUCAAGCAGAUAACGGUGUUCAUAUUAAUCAUCACUAUGAUUCAUUCUGGUGCAGAUAAAGUAUAUCAUGACAUACCAUACACUGAUACCACGGCGACAGAUGCCCUGUCACACACGAUAUUGUCCCACAUGGGAGGGAACACGGAGAUGACGUUCUGCACCCGAGAUGCUGGAGAGAGGGUACACUGACUCAAAAUGGAGACAGCUCACGACGCAAUGAAGACUUUAUACGACCAGCUAUCAUCUGAGCCGCCGGGACUUCCCGAGGACUUUGUGUUGAGUGAAGUAGGGGAUCUGUUGUUCUGGGCUUCUCUGGCAGGUAACACCUCUCUCGUCCGGGACUGUCUGGACGCUGAGCUGUACGACAUCGAUAGACAGGUUCACAAACAACGAUCGGCUGUAAUGGAGGCGGCGCUGAAAAGCGAACGGACAAUAUAUCAAUUAUUAAUGUCUGAAGGUGCCGAUCUGUCCUUGACUGACGAGGAUGGUAACAACUGUCUUCAUCUGGCCGUGGAAGGAGGAUCUGAAUAUAUAGUUAACAAUCUAUUGUCAUGGGGGAAACAUGACGUCAACGCGGGCGGGAAGCUUGGUCGAACAGCCGUACAUGUAGCUGCACUGAGCAAUCAUAAAGCGAUUUUCAACAUCUUGGUAGCUGCCGAUGUUGACGUAUCCGUGCCUGAUGCCGAGGGGAACAACUGCUUGCAUUUGGCAGCAGAGGUGGGAAGCAUGGGUAUUGUCAGAGACAUAUUGGUUAAAAGGCCACAGGAGAUAAACGCUCUUGGGGCCCACGGCUGCACUGCCUUGGUGACAGCCGUUCUGAACAACCACCAUGAGAUGGUGGACUACCUCGUGUCCAUGGGAGCCGACGUGUCCAUCAGGACAGAUAAGUUGCUGGACUGUCUGACAGCGUCCGUUGUAGCUGGCCACGACUCCGUGUUGCUGAUGUUGCUGGAAAUGGAGAUGUUUGACAUCAACAGAAGAGGACUGUAUGGACGCACUGCUGUCAUGGUUGCUGCUCUGCUGGGGAAGCGUGAGGAAUACGAUGCUUUGGUGUCUGUCAGUGCUGACGUAAAGCUUUUGGAUGAUUUUGGCAAUGACUGUUUACUUCUUGCAGCGAUUGGCGGAAGUGAAGAGAUAGUUCGACAUCUAAUUUCACUGAAUGUCUUUAACAUCAACAGACAACAGGAGAACCAAUCGACUCCCGUGUUUGCCGCUAUUAGUCAUCAACAUCAGAAGGUGUUUGAUCUUUUAGUUGCUGAAGAAGCUGACGUUACCUUGACAAGCAUGGGGGACACUUGCUUAAUAAAGGCCUGUGAGACAGGCAACUGCUGCAUCGUGGAAACACUGAUUGCAAUGAAAUCACAGGACAUCAACUACAGAGGGCAGCAUGGGCGGACAGCAGUGAUGAUGGCUGCGUUGAAAGGUCAUGUGGAUAUAUUACAAAUCCUUGUUUCUGUAGGUGCAGACUUGGCACUUAUUGACGACGACGGUAACGACUGUCUGAUGCUGGCGAGCGUGUAUGGCCAUGUUCAGGUGGCCCAGCACCUCCUUUGUAUGGACAACGUCUUCGACGUCAACAAACGUGGUCAGGACGGGAUGUCUGCUGUCAUGGCUGCUGCCCACGAAGGAAAUGACGGUGUGUUCAAUCUAAUGGUACACGAAAAAGCAGAUCUGCUGACUGUUGAUGAUUAUGGCAGCACGUGUCUCAUCCAGGCAUGCAUCGGUGGGAAUGCUAACAUAGUGCAGUACUUGCUGGACAUGAAGAUCUUUGAUGUAGAGAGUCGGGGGAACGAUGGCUGGACCCCACUGAUGGCCGCUGCAGCGGCAGGUCACCAAGAGGUAUUCCAGAUGUUGGUGGAAGCCGGAGCAGAUGUUACCGUCAAGGAUGCGGCCAACGACAACUGUUUGAUGCUAGCAAGUAUGGGGGGAAAUGCGGUGAUAGUUCAGGAACUGCUCCAAAUGAAGACGUUUGAGAUCAAUGGACGAGGAGGGAAGGGCUGGACGGCAGUGAUGUUUGCAGCCUUUUAUGGCCAGACAGAAAUAUUUGAUAUUUUGGUAAAAUCAGGAGCUAAAAUCUCUUUGACUGACAACAACAACGAUGGCUGUUUGAUUCUGGCAGCAGCAGAGGGUCACGUCGACAUUGUUAGACGACUUCUAGCAGAGACGUCGGUGGACGUGAAUGGUCGGGGCAGGCGUGGAUGUACGCCGCUGUUGGUGGCGGCCCAUGGGGGGCAUACGGAGGUGUUUCAGUUGCUGCUGUCCCACCGGGGCGAUCUGGCUGUUGUGGACGAGAAUGGUGCCAACUUCACACAUUAUGCCAAAGACUGGGUAAGGGGGAUAGUGAAGGAUGUUCCACUGGUGAGACGUCAGCUUAUAUCGGAGCUGAGAACAUCGACGAUGCGUUCCUCGUCAUUUGCUGGUUCAAUCAGGUCCACGUUUGGCGGGUUAGGGUAAGGUCCAUGUAUGAUCAAUGAUCAUGCUAUCAACCUCCCUCAUAUCGGCGAACAUACGGAGGAAUCAGUAUUGGAACACUAUUCACUAGUUUCACUUGUUUACGUGACUAUCGCAUUACACAACACAAUCCGGCGGAAGUCGUGACCCUUAUAUGCUGUUCGAUAUCAAAUUGUAUAUAAUAUUAUCUAUAUUACAAUUUACCAUAAGUCUACUAUGACAAGAAAUCUUUAUUCUGAUUGGUUAAAAGUAGGUUCCAUAUGAAACCUCUAAUUAUAAAUACAUCGAUAGCCUACAUAUCGAUCCUUACAAGUAGCUGCCGAUAACUUAUCAGAAAUGUACGCUAGGAGUCAGUAUACUGUGUCUGAGUGGGAUAUUCAUGUUAAACUGCGGCAUGGUAUCUCAGUGAGCUGGCACUAU